AUUUUUUUUCGUGUAAAAGUUAUUUGUUAGUAAAUUAAGAGUGCACUUUCGUUUGGAGUUCGUUCCGAUAGAAACCGGGAUACCAUGUCUUUGACAAUGAAAUUGUUUUCCAUUUCGAGAAAUGGCAAUCGCAUGCUUGGUGUUACCUCCCGUUUCAUGAGCACCAAGGAAGCCAAAGAUGUUGUCGAUGUACCCAAGGGCUAUGUCUAUGUCAACAACAAAGAAGAAAGCAUGGAUUUAAAUGACGUUACCGAUCGGGCAGCCAGUACCAUUUUCUUGAGUGAAUUGAUGCGCGGUUUUGGUGUUACAUUGGCCCACAUUUUCAAAGAGCCAGCCACCAUUAAUUAUCCAUUCGAAAAGGGACCAUUGAGUCCCCGGUUCCGUGGUGAACAUGCCCUACGUCGCUAUCCCAGUGGUGAGGAACGUUGUAUUGCCUGUAAAUUGUGUGAGGCCAUUUGCCCAGCUCAGGCCAUUACCAUUGAGGCUGAGGAACGUGCCGAUGGCAGUAGAAGAACAACACGUUAUGAUAUCGAUAUGACCAAGUGUAUCUAUUGUGGUUUCUGUCAGGAAGCCUGUCCCGUUGAUGCCAUUGUUGAGGGACCCAAUUUCGAAUUCUCCACUGAAACCCAUGAAGAAUUAUUAUACAAUAAGGAAAAAUUGUUAAGCAAUGGUGAUAAAUGGGAAUCGGAAAUUGCCUCCAAUCUACAGGCUGAUCAUUUGUAUCGUUAAAUAAAACGAA